CUCUGAUGCUGGAACCACCAUAUCUGGCACCAUCCAUCUGGCAGAGUCAAAGUCGCUUAGAUCACACAUGUUGCCCAUUCUAAUAGGCUAAUAUGGGUUUGAAGCCACUAGUGGUCCAGACUGGUCUGAUGUGUUCCUGUCUCCUUAGAUAGGGGGCGCAGUUUCUAAAAUGAGUCUCUCAGAGGAGUCAAAGACCAAAGGAGGAACCCUCAGCAGUGAGAGGAAGAGGGUCCAGGUAGAAAGAGCAGGAUCACCUGUACCCAGCUGUCUGUCUAUGAAGAGUGAAGAGUCAAUGGAUCGUCCAAUCAAGUUCAGAGGAGAUUUCACAGGUGAUCAAAGGGUCCAGGUAGAAAGAGCAGGAUCACCUGUACCCAGCUGUCUGUCUAUGAAGAGUGAAGAGUCAAUGGAUCGUCCAAUCAAUUUCAGAGAAGGUUUCACAGGUGAUCAAAGGGUCCAGGUAGAAAGAGCAGGAUCACCUGUACCCAGCUGUCUGUCUAUGAAGAGUGAAGAGUCAAUGGAUCGUUCAAUUAAGUUCAGAGGAGAUUUCACAGGUGAUCAAAGGGUCCAGGUAGAAAGAGCAGGAUCACCUGUACCCAGCUGUCUGUCUAUGAAGAGUGAAGAGUCAAUGGAUCGUCCAAUCAAUUUCAGAGAAGGUUUCACAGGUGAUCAAAGGGUCCAGGUAGAAAGAGCAGGAUCACCUGUACCCAGCUGUCUGUCUAUGAAGAGUGAAGAGUCAAUGGAUCGUCCAAUCAAGUUCAGAGGAGAUUUCACAGGUGAUCAAAGGGUCCAGGUAGAAAGAGCAGGAUCACCUGUACCCAGCUGUCUGUCUAUGAAGAGUGAAGAGUCAAUGGAUCGUCCAAUCAAUUUCAGAGAAGGUUUCACAGGUGAUCAAAGGGUCCAGGUAGAAAGAGCAGGAUCACCUGUACCCAGCUGUCUGUCUAUGAAGAGUGAAGAGUCAAUGGAUCGUCCAAUCAAGUUCAGAGGAGAUUUCACAGGUGAUCAAAGGGUCCAGGUAGAAAGAGCAGGAUCACCUGUACCCAGCUGUCUGUCUAUGAAGAGUGAAGAGUCAAUGGAUCGUCCAAUCAAUUUCAGAGAAGGUUUCACAGGUGAUCAAAGGGUCCAGGUAGAAAGAGCAGGGUCACCUGUACCCAGCUGUCUGUCUAUGAAGAGUGAAGAGUCAAUGGAUCGUCCAAUCAAGUUCAGAGAAGAUUUCACAAGUGAUCAAAG